GUCAAGUUCUCUUAUUUUGUUUGUUUAUUAUAUGGUUACAUUCUGCAAGUUUCACAACAAACUAACUUUCUGUGUUGUUUUAUGUUAUUGUUGAAUUAAUUUGUUAACCCAUUGUUGGUGGAAAUGUUAUAUAGUUCAAGAUUAUAACUAAAAUAAAGACACUGUGUUUAAGCCAGUACGGUUACAUCAAAGAGCCAUAUUUAAUUACACAACAGGAAAGAAAAAUAUGGAACACAUCGACGAAACUAGCGAAUUUGCACAGCCAGAUAUUUUUCCCAAAUUAAAACAAGACAAAUACAGCUAUCUAAAACCCUACCAAGACCUCGUUGAAGAAAAUCCAAAUCCAGAAAACUACGUCCGCCUUGGCGAUGCUUACCUAAAGGUACUCGAACCUGAUGAGGCCUUACAAGCCUAUAAAAAAGCCCUAAAAGAAAAUCCAAAAGACUUAUCUAUAAUCCACAUAAUGGGUAAAGCGCUAAUAAAAACUCACUACUUCAAACGUGCUGUUAAUUUUUAUAAAGACGCCAUCAAAGAUAACAAUGAUCUUGAGCUUAAAGUCCAGCUAUCGGAGCUUUACAUGAAUUUAAAUGACUUCCAGAAAGCCGAACUUCUACUUCUGGACGAAUUGCAAGAGGCCGCUUUUAGUGAAGAUGACGAUUUGGAUUAUCUCAAAAAGAAACUGAGGUUGCAGAGCCUCUUAGCUCAGAUACAAGAAAAGAGCGGUAACGUAACUUACGCUAUGAAAAGCUUAAAGGACGCUAUGAAAACUCAAGAAAAAAUAAGAAAGAGGCUAUCGGUAGACAACGAACCUACAGAAGAUAAAAACGUUAUCUUACUAGAACUUCCGGUGAAGUUGGGUGAGAUGGCUUUGAUGACAAACAAGACAGAACAAGCUAUAACGUUUUACAAAGAAGGACUUGAAAUGACUCCCAAUAACAUUAACAUACUUGUAGCCUUAGCUAAGGCUUACAUGCAAGUUAAUAAUUUGGAUAUGUGUCAACAAACUUGCGCUCUAAUUUUAAAAAACAACUCCACGAACGAAACUGCUUCGGUGCUGUUAGCUGAAAUAGCAAUUCGGAAGGUUGAUUUUGAUAUGGCAGCUUUCCACUUUAUACAACUGGUUACGAAAGAGCCAAAAAAUUGGCAAGCUUUAGCCCGACUUAUUGACAUAUUCAGACGUAUGGGCAUUAUCGAAGAUUCUGUAAAGUACCUAGAUUUAGCAGCUGAUUUUUGCGAUGCUAAAGAGCAUAAAUUCCUGUACUGUACAGCUCUGUACCAGUGGUAUUCGGGCGAUCUCAACGGAGCUUUGAGAAAUUUCAACAUCUCCAAACAAGAUCCAGAUUUCGGCCUCAAUUCUAUAUACCACAUGAUUGAUAUCUGCUUAAAUCCAGAAGAAGAUAUGUUUACAGAGUUUAUGGAAGCAGACGAUACCGAAUAUAAAGAUUCUAGAAGUAUGGCGUUGAAGACUGCUGAAAGAUUAUUACGGGAGCUAAAAAUUAGAUUAGGAUCUAAAGCUGAAGAUGUAAUGAAAUACAGGUUAUUGGAUAAUUUCCGGUUGCUUUCCACACGAGAAAAGUUUAAUAUCGAGAGAGCUUUAGAUGACUUCUCUUCAAUUGGAGCUCAGAGUGGUUCUAAAGAAAAUAUUGGUACCAUUUUAGGUGUUGCUACUGCAUAUACGUUGCUCAAUCAAGGCAAACGUGCCAAAACGCAGCUCAAACGUAUCGCAACUACUAUUUGGUCAAUAGAAAAUUCGGAAUAUUUAGAAAGAUCCUGGUUGCUUCUUUCUGACUAUUACAUACAAGCUUCUAAAUACGAACCCGCAGCUCAGCUAAUAAAGAAGAUACUUCAACAUAACAAAUCCUGCACUAAAGCUCACGAGUAUCUGGGAUUCAUUUCUGAAAAGGAACAGAGAUAUCAGGAAGCUGCGAAUCAAUACGAGGAAGCCUGGAAGCUGGGAAGAAAAACUAACCCUUCGAUCGGGUUUAAGUUGGCUUCUUGUUUUAUGAAGUGCAAGAAAUAUCCCAAUGCCAUAGUUACUGCGCAAGAAGUUUUAAAAAUUAGUCCAGAGUAUGAAAAAAUUAGAAAGGAUAUUCUAGAGAAGAGUUUAAAUAAUUUAAGAACUUAAUGUUUAAAAUUAAAUAAAGUUGUAGGUUAUUUAUUAAUGGUUUG